AUGGCCUCCUGCUCCCGGGAGCCUCGGAGCAGGGAGCAGCUGGCACCUGCAGUGCUGCAUGACUCAAUUCUCCGGCGUUCCAGGGCUCUGCGGCAUGUGGGGGACACGGACCCCAGCUCUGAGCCCCGUGUGACCCCAGAGGGUGAGUACAUCCCGCUGGACCACCAGGAUGUGGAUGUGGGCUUCGACGGAGGCACUGACCGCAUCUUCCUCGUGUCUCCCAUCACCAUCGUGCACGAGAUCGACUCAGCCAGUCCUCUGUAUGAGCUGGGACGUGCUGAGCUGGCCAGGGCUGACUUCGAGCUCGUGGUCAUUCUGGAAGGCAUGGUGGAGGCCACGGCCAUGACCACGCAGUGUCGCUCCUCUUACCUCCCUGGAGAGCUGCUCUGGGGCCACCGUUUUGAGCCGGUGCUCUUCCAGCGUGGCUCCCAGUACGAGGUGGACUAUCGGCACUUCCAUCGCACUUACGAGGUCCCAGGGACACCUGUGUGCAGCGCCAAGGAGCUGGACGAACGGGCAGAGCAGGCUGCCCAUAGCCCCAAGUCCAGCUUCCCUGGCUCCCUGGCUGCAUUUUGUUAUGAGAAUGAGCUUGCUCUGAGCUGCUGCCAGGAGGAAGAUGAGGAAGAGGAGACCAAAGAGGGGACUGGGGCAGAGACAGAAGAAGGAGCUGCCAGCCCCCAAGUCCUCACACCAACCCUGGCUCUGACCCUGCUCCCGUGAUGCAAACUGAUGUCCCCUUCCCCACUUGUGCCCGCUUCCCAGAGGUAGCAGGAUGGAGAGAUCAACCUCUGCUGGGAUGGGGUCAGGUGUUUCCCAAGACCAACAAGUCCACUAGGUAAAUCUGCCAGGCCUGGGGGACCCAGCACAGACAUCCUGGACCUUAAUUUCUUUGCUUCUGCGCUCCCUCCUGACACAGCUUUAUGAGCCCAAUUCCUGACUCUUAGCAGAGCUGAGGGAUUCAGAAUUCUGUACCACCAGAGAGGCAAGAGCUGGUGGUUCUAGAUUCCUCUACAUGGCUGAGCCUGAUUGUUGAGCAGGGUCAGAGAUCAGUGAUACAGACAGCUACCAUCGCAGAGGAAGUCAGUUCCUGGACAGCAACAGAGAUCAAGUCUGUAGGACUAGGUUGGCCUAAGAUUCAAGAGGCUCUUGCUGGUUGGUCAGCCAAAUGAGAGGCAAAUCAUUUGUUCAAGACCACUUCAGGAGAGAAGGUUGUGGAACACUCCACGUAUUCAAUACCAUCCUGAUUGACCAAAAGCAAAAAAUUUUGAUUGCAUAUCAAGAAAAGACCUUGUGGUUCCAGAAAGCCCAAGAGUUCAGAUUUUUUGAGUCUAGGUGUACCAUAUAGGCAAACACUGGUGAUUCUAGAACAGGCUGACCUAGGGAGCUGAACUACUCCAGAAAUUAGAGUUAUGUUUCUAGAAUGCAUAAAACAGCAAGACCUGGGUUUAGAUGGACAAAAAUGACAGACUGGGAGUUCUUGAAAUGAAAGAACUUCUGACUGUUGGGCUGUAGAACAUCCAACUGAGGGGAUAAGCACAGCUUCUGAAUCAUCCACAGCGUGGUUUUUGUUUCUGUUUGAAGUGCCAUUCUAGAAUGUGCAAAGGAAUCAGGAUUCUGGGCUCUAGAUUGAUCACAUUGUCAAGGAAGGCAUGGUGAUUCUAGAUGACCUCAAUCUGCUGGCUCCUGUUUGCCUAAUGAAGUUGAGAAUCUUGAACCUAAAUGACUUGUGGUUCUAUAAUGCCAAAGAGAAUCAAGGCUCCAGGGACCCAGAGUUGUCCAUUACUGAAGCCUAGAAGUUCUGAUCACCUCUGGGUGGACUGCUCAGCAAUUCUAGGAAGGGGACACAGGACUUGAUGUGUAGCAUUUCUGGGCUGACCCACCAAGUGAGGGCUCAGGUGAGACCUUGUAGGUCACAGGGCUGAUUAGUGUGCAAGGGAAGGGGAGGCCCAAAGCUGGUGAGUCUAGAAUGUUCUGGAAUACUACACCUACUGAUGUGUAUGUUUCUUAAAAAUAUUAUACAUAUGUGUAUUAUAUAUAUAUAUAAUGUAUAUGUACAGAUAUCU